UGUUCCCUGUAUCGGCGGGCAGAUCUUAACCGCUGGAUGCCCAGGGAAGUCCUCAAAGGAGAAUCGUGUACAGCAAGUGAGAGCCACCAUCUGUCAUCACUCACGUGGCCAAAUACCUUCAGGUCCCUUUCAUUUAUUAUUUCGUUCUUAGUGUCCUCAAAAUGGAGGCCCUCAUAUCCCAUUUGGCAAUUAAAAAAAGAAAGGUUCAGAGAAGUUAAGUCACAUAGGAGUCAGAGCAGCUGCGUCCCUGGCUCCAAAAUUGAUGCUCAUAAUCACUAUACAUGUCACAUUGCUUCCCACUGUACAUCAAAGCACAGAGGCUUUAUUUGUCUUUCUUAUCAAGCACUCUUCAGACGCAGGAGAUUACUUAUUAUCUCUCGUAACCAGGACUGUUCCACGUUAGUCCCUUAGGACAGUUAAAUUCUCUUGCUGCUUUAUCUUAUCUCAUAGUUUAUGCUGCCUCUUUCCGUGUCCCCCAGGACUUGUUCAGUGAAUUCUUGGGGGUUUUCUCCCAGAGAAACUGUUCAGCUCCACCAGAAAGGGGGUUGAAGGAGCCUGAGCUGAACCAGGCAUCUUGAGCAGUAGCCUCUGACCCCUCCAGAGUUCCUCCCUCCCUCAAGCCUGUGGUCAGCCUCUUUGUAGUAAAGUUCCUUAUGGUGAAUUUGUUGAUUAAGCUCAUCCGUUACUGAAUUCUAGAAGUGGAAGAUACCAAAACUCUCAUUUUAUUGAUGAGAAAACUGAGAUCCAGAGAGAGAGGUGACGUGUGUGGGGUCAUUUGUUCAGUUAGGAGCGUGUUGGGGACCAGAGCCCAGUUCCCAGGCAACAGCCCGGUGCCUGUUCUAAGCCUCCGGUGCGGACACGUUCCAUCUGUCGAAGAAAAGGACAGACUCAAGCCUUCUGUCCAGCACGCACCUAGGAGACUUUCUGGAGAAAUUCCACAGCUUGGAAAAUGGAGCAGGAAGAAAAAAGAUGGGGACGGUGGGGGUGGGGGUGUGCGGCUCCCCACCCUAACUAGCGUUAUCAUACACCCAAGAAGUGAACUGGACCACGGCACAGCACCCUAGAUCAGCCCAGGGUCAGCAGUGUCUAAGGGGCAAAGGGAUUCACGCCGGGAGCCGUGGCCCAGGGAGCGAAUAGGAAGCCUUUUGUCACUGAGGCCGAAAAUGGAAGGAAGGAUGUUAGGCAAACGUGCCAGCCCGGGAUGCAGUUACAGCCCCCGCGGCUCAUUGUCCGGAGGAAACGGAUCUCUCCUGUGGACAGAGAGGUGGAAACUGAACCAGGGAGCUGAGUGGUUGACAUCAUCAGGCUGAGCAUUGGGUUACAACAAAUGGGGACUUACUUGGCCCGGGACGUGGGAAACACCCACUAAAACCUCGAAGUGCAUUUCAUUUAGGAGAGAGCCCGCCUGCCCCCGCAGGCCUGCUGUGCUAGUCUUGCUUACCCUCCGAAGGGAGGCAUCCUGAAUGCUGGCUCCUUAAAUUCGACCUUCCCUUCUGACCGAGGACUGCUGGACUUGGAAGGAACUCUCUGCUCUGAAUUUCCACAUUGAUUCGUCAACAGUGGAAAAUCUGAAGAGAUGCGAGCAGGAAAAAGAAACUAAACCAGCUUCUAGCAACCAAGCUUUUCAAAGAUUCUUAAAGUUUUAAGAGAUUCCUGUACAGAAUCAGUCCCUAAAGUCUCUCCUCUCUCAUCAUUUGUGUGGGCCAUGACACCUUCCAUCAGGAACAGAGGCUGAUAUGGGCAGUGGUCAUCAGCGACAACACGCACACCGCAUCCGCCUCUGGAUCAUUGUCAGAUUCCCCAGGGGAGGCAGAAGGGAUAGUUUGAAGCUGUGGUUCACCAGUGAUUUUGGAAUUCUGGCCUGAAGAGCGAUGCGACAGGCAUGAUGGAGGUCGAGUCCUCCUACUCGGACUUCAUCUCCUGUGACCGGACGGGCCGCCGGAAUGCGGUCCCUGACAUCCAGGGAGACUCCGAGGCCGUGAGCGUGCGGAAGCUGGCUGGCGACAUGGGCGAGCUGGCCCUCGAGGGCGCAGAAGGACAGGCAGAGGUGGGCACCUCAGACAAGGAAGCCAGCAGCCAGCCCAAGAGCAGCGAUGGCACCACCUCAUCUUGAACGUGACCUUGCCCGAGGAGGCUGGACGGGAGCUGCGCCGUGAACCCAGAUCCCUGGCAUUGCUUUGAGCAGUGUGUUCCAGGCAAGCAGGGCCAGACUGAAAGGCGGGCCCAGGGGCUCCCGUGGCCCCCUCCCUGGAAGGCCCUCUGCCCGCACCCCCAGGCUCCAUGCCCCCACCACCUCCCCCCGCGCCCGGGUACAUUUCAAGACACUGUAACCGCAAGGAUGUAAUUUAUUCAGUAGGUGCCGGGACUCAGGGGCUGGGUCCUGGCCCCAGGGGUGAGCAGCCCGGGCGGGAUCACGUCCCAGCUCAGCCCCCUUGUCUCCAGCCUUUCCAGCCUUCUGAGUCAGGACACCUUCUUACCCCGUUUUUUAAAAAGCACUUUUAAACUUUUUAGAAACUUUCAACCUUUUCUCAGCAGAGAAGGGAGGGAGCUGACAAUCUACUUUUUUUUUUUUUGGAAGCCAUUGUGAGCUAAACUCUUGGACCAUCUAUGCAGCUCUGAGGUUCCCUCCUGGAGCUUCACAGAUCCAUUUUUAGGGAAGGGAUUUUUGUGCUCAAAACCAUCUUGAUUAACUCUCUGCCCUUUCUACCAAGAUAAGUGACACCUAGAACCCAGGAAAUAAAUGCUGACGAUUUGUGUGACUGGUU